AUGCUAUUUCCAUUUUUAAUUGCUAUUUCUUUUCUUUGUUUCCAUUUCUUGUUUCUUUCUUGCUAUUUCUUGCUUAUUUCCAUUUCUUGCUUAUUGCUAUUUCUUGCUUAUUUCCAUUUCUUUUAUUGCUAUUUCUUGUUUUCCAUUUCUUGCUUAUUGCCAUUUCUUGUUUCUUUUCUUGCUUAUUUCUUUUUCUUGCUUAUUUCCAUUUCUUACUUAUUGCUAUUUCUUACUUAUUUCUUUCUUUCUUAUUGCUAUUUCUUGUUUAUUUCCAUUUUCUUGCUUAUUUCCAUUUCUUGCUCAUUGCUAUUUCUUGCUUAUUACGUUUUACUUAUUGCUAUUUUUUUUAUUUCCAUUUCUUGCUUAUUGCCAUUUCUUGCUUAUUGUCAUUUUAUUUUAUUUCUUUUCUUGCUUAUUGCUAUUUCUUGCUUAUUUCAUUUCUUACUUAUUGCUAUUUCUUGCUUAUUUCCAUUUUCUUACUUAUUUCUAUCUUUCUUAUUUCCAUUUCUUUCUUAUAGCCAUUUCUUGUUUAUUUCCAUUUUCUUGCUUAUUUCCAUUUCUUGCUCAUUUAUUUCUUGCUCAUUUUUUCUUAUUUCUAUUUCUUGCUUUUUUUUUCUUAUUUACAUUUCUUGCUUAUUGUCAUUUAUUGCUUAUUUCUUUUCUUGCUUAUUGCUAUUUCUUGCUUAUUUCCAUUUCUUACUUAUUGCUAUUUCUUGCUUAUUUCCAUUUCUUACUUGCUAUUUCUUACUUAUUUCCAUUUCUUUCUUAUUGCUAUUUCUUGCUUAUUUCCAUUUCUUACUUAUUGCUAUUUCUUGCUUAUUUCCAUUUCUUGCUUAUUGCUAUUUCUUGCUUAUUUCCAUUUCUUGCUUUCUUGUCUUUCAUUUCCAUUUCUUUUAA